AUGCCCGACCUUGAACUCUUCAUUAUCUACAACAACAGCACCUCCUUCCUCGGCAAACUUGGCUAUGGCUUCCGCCGUUUAAGCACCACCGCCGAGCACUCCUCCGCCUGUGCCGCCUCUGACUUGACGCAUGGCGGCUCAUUAGACUCGGAGGACGAGAAGCCAGAGUGGCAAGCUGCGAAGAAAUUGAUUCCCGGCACAGUUCAACAGCUUCAUUACGACCACGUCCCAGCUGACCUGAAGAAAUACGUUGAGAAGAGUCAUUACGACUACCCCUGCAUUGUGGGUAGAGGCUCGGACGGUCGUUACCGACAUUUGAUGGACGAGAGCGACAUCAACCCGGUAUCUGACGACACAAACAAGUUCUUGAAGGUCUUGGAAGCCAAGGUCAAGCAGGCGGGUCUCCCAUGGACUUCGAUAAAGGCUCCUGCUUGA